AUGGGCUGCUCACCAUCCAAAGGUAACCAGUUUGGAAUCCUGGGUCCAACUAGGAAGGGGAGAAUGCUUCCCCCUGCACCUCAAGAAAGCCCCAGAGAUUCCCACUUUGAAGAUGGAGAGAAUCGUCAUUCAACUGGAUCAACAGAUGGUGAUACCAAGGAGAGGAAGACAGUUGGACAAACCCAGGUAUUUCAGAAAGAGGCUCAUAAUACACCACAAAAAAAGAGAUAUGUGAGUGAGCUAGCGCCUGAAGCAGUAAUCCUGGAUAAACAGGGGAGUCAAGGACUUGAUAAUAACCCAGUUUCACAGAGAAAGGACAAAAAUAUUGACAAGCAGGAUGUCACAGAAAAAAAGCCUGUCAGAAAACCUAAAAAAAAUACAAGAGGUACUAAGGGGUUAAAGAAGAAGGACAAAGAUAAACCAUCUACAGAGCAAAAAGUGGACUUCCCAGAACCUUUGGUCAAAGCUCACCAAGCUGCGUAUGCCUUUUUGAAUCCUAACAUAGACAAAUAUGACUUUUUACUGGGACUUUUGGAACAAGCAACCCAAACACAGGGUUCUGUGCAAACUAUGGUUGCUUUUAUGGCUCUACGUUACGAGGAAAUAAUUCAGGGUCUGGAGGAAAUGGCAGACGAGGGAGAAAAAGUUUUAAAAGAAAAUGGAGAACAUCUUGCUUGGCCAAGUCAAAUGAAAAACCUCUCAUCUUCUCCACCUUUGAAGUCUGGCUCUGCUAAUAUUGAGCCCCCUCCGGAUUUGUUGCAGCAGCUGCUUCAGUACACUACACAGAGAAUGCGAAAUGUGAGCCAGACUGUUGGUGGAAUUGGGGACUCUGCUUUAGAGGAGGCAGUGGAGUACUUUGCCUCUGUCUCAGAGCUUUUAGAGGAGAAACUGAAAGUCAAGCGUGCAACAGAGACUAGGCUAAUGCAACUCUUAACUCGCAUUGAAAUGGCCUCCCUGCGCAAGCCUGGGCCAGAGGAUUCAGCUCUCUUCAGUGAGGACAGUGGUAUCGGGGCUGAGAAUGAAUCCCUUGCUGGUUAUGAAAGACGCCAUAGACGAGAAAGUUGUGCAUCUACUGGGACAAAUAGAACUAGUCCUAUGGGAUACACCUCCAUGACCAUUAGGCAAGGAGCACCAGGGCAAAAGCUUGGAAGUCAAAUAAGUCCCAGUAUUUCCCUUAGCUCACUCAUCUCAUUAGGUUCUACAUGUACCAUAAUGGCUAAUGACCAAAGAGACUCAUUGCUAGGAUCAGUCUCCUUAGACUAUGAGGAGGAAGAUGACAAUGAUGACGAUGAGGAGACGGACAGAGGAGUGAAAGAUGUGCAAGUAGGGUUUAGAAAGCGAUCAAAUUCUUCACCUGAAGACUGUGAACAACAACAACAACAACCACCACGCCGUCUACCCCCAAAGCGCAUAGAGAAUCCUCAAAAUGUGGAAAUGACUCUCAAAAUGAAAAAUGCCAUAAGUGGUAAAAUACAGUUUGUUCAAUCACAGAACACUAGUGCCAAAACAAAGGUAGUUGGCAGCCCAAAAACCAAUAGAUGCCAGUGGAUGGAGGAGGGGGAACCCUCUCCAAGGAGGCCUCAAACAACAGCACCUAUUCGGAAGGCAGUGGUAAAAAAGGCCCUGGUAACUAGAGAUCGACGUUCCCAGUCCGCAGAAUCCCUGCGGAGCAAAGGUGAAGAUCCUACUCUGCUUGAACUUGAAAGGACCCAGAAGGAUUUGAGCCAGAGGUUGCAGAGAAUGGGUAAAAACAAGUCUCGUGGAAACAUAAAGAGUACUCCGUCAAAACAAAAUCAAGGAACCUCACCAGCACAAUCUCCAGCAAUAACUCGCAAACAUCCCUCACUACAGAAGAACAGCAAUCCCCAACCACUUGAUGACAAAGCAGGCCUCACGGGGCGCAACAGUAAAAAACAGGAGGUAACCAGUGAUGCUGAAGAAGAUAAACUGAAGGAAAAGAAAACAUGGAAAGGUCCUAUAAAAGCCACCCCACCCCCUAGCCCUCCGCCAUCACCACGACCAUCUUCAGGCCUUUACAGAGGCCGGAACUCAGUCAAAAAACUCAUUGAUACCUUCAGUCAAGGAAUAGAGGAUCAAGAAGGUGCUAAAAGUCUGGGGCCUCUUAAAGGAGUACGGAAGUGUGGUGUUCCUGUGUUACCUGGUUUAGGGAAUGUAGAAGCUGUGCUUAGCACUGGGAUAACCAGCUGUAGAUCUGAUUCCACUUCAUCUGAGAAAACCAGUUAUUUAGAUCUGGAUAGUCUUCCUCCACCUCCACUGGAAGUAUUAAUGGACAAUUCCUUUGAAAGUGCCCAAUGUCUUUCAACGGGUGUAGUGGAUGAAGGGGCUACAAAAGUUGGAAAAUCGCCUAUAUUAAAAAGGACUUCAGUAUCCCAACGACUAAGGGCCUCAGUUCAGUCAGUGCUGCCGAGUAAAGGAGGCCGGCCACAAGCUUCCAAGGUUAUCUUUGCUAGAGCAGAUCAACAAGACACAUCUGCUCCGUCAAAGGUCUGUCAACCAGAUGCUCAACUGGAGGCAGAACGAGGAAAGGAAACAGAUUCCUUGAACCAGCAAGACAGAAGGCUCAUACAACUAAGACACUCUUUAGACUCAAAGAGAUCAUCAACUAGUAAUGUAGCAACACUUUCAUUUGCUGGUCAAGAAGAAUCAGCAGACAUACAAGAUGGUGGCAACCUUUCAGUGCCUGGCUCUAACACCACAGUGCCUCCUUCUUCAGUGGUUAGGAGCCAACCACCUGCCACUCCACCGAUGUAUAGGGGACGAAUGUUACCCUCCACACCUUCUACAGCAAGCGGUUUACAUCGAAGACUUCCCAGUCCCAAUAACUUCAAAAGGCAACCAACUCCACCUUCUUCAACUAGCCCCCCUGCUAACAGGAAACUCCCCACACCACCAGGAGUUCAAGGGAGGCUCCCUAGCCCACCUGUGGCAAAGCAGAAUAUUCUAAACUCAAAUUCAUCCACAUCCUUUCCUUUCAAAGCACCGUCUCCACCAGCCUCGCCAAAAGUACAAAGAUGGUCAAGGGAGAACAGCAGUGAAGACUCAUCUAGUACUCGGAUGAUCAGUAAUGCACGUUCAGUCUUCUGCCCUGUCUCCCCAUCCCUGUUUGAGGCCCAGCCAUGUUCGGUUCCUCGACCCCCUCAAGCAUGGACCUCCACCGGAGUUUCUUUUCUUUCACGUUCUUGGGGGAGUCGUGGGAGGUUUCCUGUUUCUGUUCAAGGACCUCGACCCUUCAUUCGACGUAGCCAUUCAGACCGAAGGCCAAGUCUGACUCUGCCACCAAGAUCACCCGGCAUCUCAGUGGCCGAGACUUGUGGAAGUGAGCCAGCAAUAUGGUCACAGGGGCUGGACGAUGAACCAACCAGGGACGAAGAACUAUGGGGGAGUCAAUCAAACCUCAGAGCUGCACUACGCUCAGCAUCACACCCUGACCUGUGUGUUGUUGGACAGGCCUUGCACAGAGACUAAAGGGGCCAUAGCAGGGCCAGUGGGAUUAUAGAUUAGUAGGCUUUACCAAGGAUUUAAGAAGACAGUGUGCUGCUGUGAGGAGAGGAGGAGCUAAUUUAAUUCACUUUGCAAUAAGGUUUGCAAUAACAAACCUUCCCAAUGUUUUUAACAAAGUGUGGUAAAAAGCUGUGCAUCUUUGCAUGGACAUGCAUUGUGUGGCCAUAAUUAUGCUCUUAACUUUGUGAAUUAUACAUGUAUUAAAGAGAGAAAAUAUACACACAAAUUCAUGUUAACAAUAUAUAAAACCAUAGCCUGGCUUCAUUAAAAAACUACAGUUAAAGGAGCUUCACACAAAGUAACAUACUGUAAGUUUACUUUCAGUUCAUUCACUCAGUUCAUUUUUUAACUGUUAUCCCUUGAAAAAAAAAAG